AUGCCAGCGGCAGCAGGAGACGGACAGUGUGAAGUGGUUUUGGUGGGAUGUGGAGCCCCCAAGCGAGGAAUGGGAUGGUACCAUGCCGAGCAACUCAUGAAGGAUAAGUGUCCUUCUGCCAAGUUGUGCUUCGUUGUGGAACCAUGGUUCUUGGGAGGAGGCAAGGACAGCCCUCCCGGAAAAGAAUUUGCCGAAUACAAGAGCGAGUCUGAGGCCAAACAUGGUGUUCAGUUUUUCCUCAGCCUCGCGGAUCUUCCUCCUGUCGCAGAAGGAAAGAAACGCUUGGCUUUGGUUUCUGGACGUACUGCCGACAAUCCACGCCUCCUUGGUGAAUCCAUCAAGGCUGGAUGCACCACCAUUUACCUCGAAAAACCCGGAGCACCCACUGUUGCUGAGUUGCAAUCCAUGAAAGAGGAAGCUGCAGCUGCCGGCGUCAGAGUUCUCAUGGGAUACAACAAGAAUGUGUGCAAGUAUGUGAGCAAGGCCCUUGAAUUUGCCAAGAGCACUGCCGGAUCCCAUGUUACCCUUGUGUCCAACAACACUUACGAAAAUACACCCGAGUCUCUCGGAGAGUGCUUUGAGCGCAAUGCCGAGGGUAUGCUCAAGAACAUGGCCAUUCACGAGCUUGCUCUCCUUGUCAGUUUCUUUGAUGUUUCCGUCGACAACAUUGAGACUGCCACGGCAGACAAGACGUUUUCCAGCUGCCAAACCCUCAAGGGACCCAGUGGCAAGGAAUGGACUGAUUUUGAUAAAAUCAAGUUCACCAUCAAGACCAAGACAGGCAAGGAAGUCAGUGUCCAAGCAGACCGCUGCGGAGGAGACACUUCUUAUGCCAUGGUCGAAGUGGAUGGUAAGGAAGCUUUCCGCCAUUCCAUGCCUGAUGAGGAGGACAAGGCCAAUGUCGCCACUUUGGAGGCCGAGUACCCAGGAGCCAUGCCAUAUUUCUUCUCCCAGGAUCCCGACUACAUUACGGUCAAGGAAAAGGUCGCUGCCUUUUGCGCCAAGGGUACUGAUCCCGCUGGAAUCGCCACCAUUGACAUUGCUGUUGAGACCCUACGUGUCGCAGAGCAUUUGACUCCUUUGUUCAAGGAACAACUCAGCUAA